GGUUCGGAAAUUCUGAGGAUGACCAAAGAAGACGUAGUAUGUUUUCAACUGGCGCGCACAUGCAUUUAAUCCAUUCGGCAGCUCUUCUCGGGUUAUCCGAUUGUAGUCAGCCCAAAUUGUCGGUUUCUUUGUUCCUUGCAGGUAUGUGCUUGUUUUCAGGGAUCUGCUACUAUACCGCCUUGACAAAUGACAUUCGUUUUGUCAAAAUUGCUCCUGUCGGCGGAAUCAUACUCAUUAUAGCGUGGCUGUCCUUGUUAUUAUAG